GUCACAAAACAAAAGUGUCAUGGCGGAGUUUAAUGAAAACGCUCGCGACAAGGAAAAAUCGCCAGGAGAGAGCGAAAAUAUGAAAACGUCGAUUCGUGAGCCCUCGUCCCAGGGCAAACAAGUGAACUCGACCGCUGUCAACACUACCGAGUACUGCGAGAAACUGCAGGAGUGGAUGUGGCAGUACUACUGCAGCUAUAUGAACUGGCAGAGCUGGAUAGCCAUGUCUGCGCUUUCCUUCCCACCGUGUUUCCCCGCACAAGGAGCGACUGAAUCGCACGGGACGACGGCAUGGGGAACAGAUAUGUCAAAUGGAGACCUUCGUAACUGGCUUAACAACCCGUUUGGGUUUCCUGCUGCAGCGGUAAAUGUAGCAGUUCCAGCAAACGGACAGAGUUCUGCAGCUCCAGCCACUGCACCUGCGCAGAUACUACAACAACAACAAGCUAAUGGAAACGCUCAACAGCCAGGUAGAGAAUAUUCUAUUCCCUCUCCCCUCCAGCGGUUCAUUGCGGAAAUGGUGGACUUCUUUAUUCUUUUCUUCAUUAAAGCUACAAUUAUCAUCAGUAUUGUCCAUUUGAGCGGAAUGAAGGACAUCUCAAAGUUUGCUAUGCACUUCAUUGUGGAGGAGAUCGAUGAGGACACGUCAAUGGAGGAGCUGCAGAAGAUGAUGCUCGUGGCUCUAGUGUACAGGAUAUUAGUUUGCUUUUAUGAGAUCAUAUGUAUUUGGGGAGCUGGAGGGGCCACACCAGGGAAGUUCCUCAUUGGUUUGCGAGUGGUCACAUGUGACAGCUCUGUCCUGGUUCAGCCAAACCGUGUUCGUGUGGUACCAGCGACUAAUGUUACACUUUCUGCGUCAACAGUGAGAGCGUUAAACAAGAACUUCUCCAUUGCUUUCUUCUUUCCGGCUUUUAUCACACUUCUUUUCUUCCAGCACAACAGGACAGUGUAUGACAUUGUGGCUGGAACAAUUGUGGUCAAGAGACACAGGCUUAGAUGACUGUCACUGGAGUCACUAUCGGUCCGACAUUGUCAUGCAAAAAAACAAACUCAUAACCAGAGGAGAGCGAAGCAGCUGUUCAGUGACUCUGAGCUGAACUAAAGCGACUGGCCUCUCACAGAACUGUCAGUUUAAGAGCUGAACGCAGCGUCUCCAGUAUUUCUUACCCACCUUUUCUGGACACUUAGUCUUAUAAGCAUGAACUGCUUUCUCAGAAGUAUUUUGUAAUCCUCUCCGUUGACAACUUAGAAUAUUUUUCUUGUGCCAAAGUCAGAUGAUUUAAAAAAAACAAGCUGCCUCAUAAUACUUGUACUUCCUCUGGUACAUGCAUUUCAUUUCUUUCUCUUUUUCUUUGCGGACUAUCGAUUGGAAUAUUCACUAAUAAUGGAAUAUGAGCAGGAAUUAACAUAUUCCUGCAAAUGCAAUAUAGUUAGGUUAUAGAUCCUAAUUUACUGACUGGAUUUGUAUUUUAGAUGAAUGUUUUGUACCUAAUUAUGUGUCUAUUUAAGGGCCUUUAAUGGUUGGAAAUGCUGGGUAAACAUUUUAUUUGUACAGCUGAGCUGUUCUGCGUACUGUAAUUUUCACUGCAUGCCUUCUUCAGCUUCGUGUUCUGUUCUAUCAUGAGCUGCUGAGUUUAUCUGUUUCACUUUGCUUUGCCCAAAUAUUUAUCAGUUUGUAUGUUAUUGAUUUUGGGAUUGUUUUGAUAUGGCCAAAUCAAAAUAAUUCAGUUAUGUCCCAGAGU